CGUCCGCUCCGGGAGCGCAGAGCCGCCCGAGGCGCACUCACUGGCACCUGAUUGGCUGUCCCGAGAAAGUGACAGGGCUUCGCGGCCCAGGGCCGAGAGCGGCGAGGAGGCGGGCCCGCUGGGCUUUAGGCGCGAGCGGUUGAAAGUCGGUUGGUAUCGGUUCGGCCGGCGAGGUGCCGUCCCACCGCCCAGCCCGCUCCAUGGCGGACCCGGAGGAGCUGCGGCUUUCCCCGCAGCCGCCGCCCUCCUCUCCCUCGUCUUCAGACGCGUCUUCAGCAUCUUCCCCCGGCACCCCGGGGGGUUUGGGCCGUCCGGUUCCGAACAGGAACAGCGGCCGGCCGGUGGACCCGCUGGAGGAGGUGGAGCUGCAGAUCGGAGACGCAGCAUUUUCAUUAACCCAACUUCUUGAAGCUGCAUCUGCAGUAUCAGCUCAAGUGGAAGAGCUUGCCUUCAAAUGUACAGAAAAUGCACGUUUCCUUAAAACAUGGCGGGACCUCUUGAAAGAAGGCUAUGAUUCCUUGAAGCCUGACAACUGAUUUGACUGUAAUGAUCCAUACCACCUCAUUUAUGAUGUUUGCACAUGUACCGUGUGGAUAGGAUAAUCACCAGCAGUUCUGUAUACAGAAGAUGAAUUUUUUCUUGGUUUUCUUCAUUUUGUGAAAACAGAAUAUGAUGUUAUUUUUGAUGUUGGCCCGUUUAUCUUUAAACACUUUCUGUUCUCUAAACUUUCCAAGACUCUUCUAUGAAAGUUAAUUUAAUCAGUAGAUAAUAUUAAUAAUGCCACACUGCUACCAGUAGCAAACUAGGUGGACCAUUAUUCUCUUCAGUUUGCAAGAAGAUACCAAAAAUGGCAGAGUUUGAAGUCGAGCUUUAUUAUAUGGACCAAUGCUAGAUUCAGCUCCAUUAGGCUAAGUUCCCUAGAACCAACGAUUGUGUCUUAUUACCUCUAUAUUUCCAGCAGCUAGAAGUCUGUUACACAACAAUCACUAAAUGUUUGAUGAAUAAGAGUUGACAACGUAGUUUAAAGCUGUAUUUUCUUCCUGUUUUUAGCAUGAAGAUUAUAAUUGUUUCUCGAAAAAAUAUUUGAGUCAGAACCUCAUUGACUUGAAGGAAAAUGUUUUUUUUUUUUUAAACAGGAUUUUGAACUUUAACUGGUGACAGC